AUGGAGCAAGAUCCCUCACUGUCCUGGUCGGACAUGCCUCCCCCCGCCGAAGAUGAAUUCAGCAGCUUCCUCGAGUUCGGCAUGCAGUUUGGCGAUCUGGAGGGGCAGCACGGGCCGACCGACCACCUCCCUUCUCGUUCCAUCGCGCAAGUCGCAAUGGGCACCACGACCGCUCCGGCGCAGCAGCAACAAAUGGCCUGCAUGGAUCCCGACAGUGUCACCGGCCAGGCGCAGUCCUACACCCGCAUGAUGGGAGACUUUUCUGUCGAUCCGCAGGGUAUACCACAUAGCACAUCGUACUCCAAUGCCCCAAUGACGCCGGCCUACUACGCCCAGAAGCCUCCAAUGUUCCAGCAGCAGCAGCAGCGGCAGCAGCAGCAGCCACAGCACACCACUCAGCCAUAUAUUCCCCAAGGACAGAUGGUGAUUCCUCCGACCCCCAGCAGCAUUGAAUUCCACGGAUCUGCUGCGACGUAUCCUCAACGUGUUGGCGACAAUCCGGAAAUGUAUGAUCGAUAUUCUCGCAUGAUUGAGGAACAGGCCCUCUACACGCCCCUUGUUUCUCCUGCCAUGACUCCCUUGGAAACUCAGUGCCGGCAACCCGAUUAUGCCAUUCCUGGCGAGUACUUUAGCCCCCUCACCUCGCCAGCGAUCGAGGCGCAAAAUCCGCACGGUUAUCCCAUGCAUUCCGCUCCAAUGACCGAAAUGACCUUUAUUCACUCGCCCGGUGAUAAUGGCUUCGCUGCAUCGUCGGUCCCGUCCUCUCCAGGUCUCGCACGCAAACAAAGACGACGGCCGUCCACGGCCACCAGUAAAACUUUUCAGUCCCGGGCUAAGAAGCAGCAAUCUCCUUCGGUCCGACCUCUGACGCGCACGAGAUCUCGCUUGACAGACGAGGUCCUGACCGCUCUCUCAGAAAAACACCCAAACCCUACAUCGCAUCCGGCAAGUGUCACCGGGCUGCGAUACGGUAGCGCCGAGAGCUCAGGCCAGGAUUCCGUGUCCCCGGAGCCACUGUCUGAACCAUUGAUGCCUCCACCUGCACUCCCAACUGUCCGCAAGUCCCCUGCAAUCGCGCCUCUGACGCAGCAACAACCACAACCACAAAACUCUGGCGAGCCUGCGACACCAGCAAUGUUGAUGCGGAUGCAGCGGUCUCCCCACACUCGCUCCGUUCCCGAUCAUAACCUCACUCCAACACAACCGGCCGUAAAUGAACCGCACGAUGAUAUUAUGGAGGAUGUGAUUCUUCCAGAGGCGGCCACCCCGGCAACCCAGCUUUUCCGAACCCAUGUUGCUCGAAUCGAUACAGCCAUCACCACUGGCACCUCGUCCCCAAGUAUAUCCGCCACUGUUACUCCACAUUUGGAUUCCAAUCCGGCCGCGCUUUCUGAAAGGAACCCCAGCUCUGUCGCCCCGAGCCCGCGAUCUGGUCCGAUGCCCUCCCCCAGCGGUCCGGUUGCAAGGAAAUCCGAGACGCCAAAAUUAGGACCUAUGAGCAGGAAGCGGCAAAGUUUGAGUUCAUCACAUCCUAGCCCCAGUUUAAGACCAAAAAUCAGCCCUAAUAUCCAGCCAUUGGUGCGCGGCGACGGUAAGACCUCAACCCUUUAUAGUCUGUUUUUAAUACUAAUCGGAUACAGGAGGAAUCUCGAAUGA